AAUCUGGGACUUCUCUGUGUUAUCCUAAGUCUCCCCACCCUGGUUACAGUAAACCGUCAUUUUUGUUUCUACUGAAAGACUCAACCAAGCAACAAGACUGAUUUGGCUGACGAUUCCAAAGUUCCCAAUUGUGACAUCAUCACUUCCAACUGACAUUCUCUGGAAGCCCCCCGCUACCCCUCCCGUCCCAGAAUGCCAUUGGUGACGAGGAACAUCGAGCCUCGCCAUGUGUGCCGCCAGACGAUCCCCAACACCAUCCGCAGCGAGCUGGAGUGUGUCACCAACAUUAGCCUCGCCAACAUCAUACGCCAGCUAGGCAGCCUCAGUAAGUAUGCAGAGGAUGUGUUUGGAGAGCUGUUUGUGCAGGCGGGGGUGUUUGCUGUCCGGGUGAACACACUGGGAGAGAGAGUGGACCGUCUACAAGUCAAAGUCACCCAGCUCGACCCUAAAGAGGAGGAGGUCUCUCUGCAGGCCAUCACCCAGAAGAAAGCGUUUCAUAGUAAUCUGACUCAGGACCAGCAGUUGUUCUGUAGACCCUCUCUACCGCUGCCUGUACAGGAGACCUAUCUGACCUGCAACCCACCUCCACCACUCAACAACCUCAGCCAGUACAGGGAUGAUGGUAAGGAUGCUCUGAAGUUCUACACGGAUCCCUCCUACUUCUUUGAUCUGUGGAAGGAGAAGAUGCUGCAGGACACAAAGGACAUCAUGAAGGAGAGACGCAAACACAGGAAGGAGAAGAAGGACAAUCAGAAUAUGCGGACUCUGAAUCCCAGGAAGAUCAAAACCAGGAAGGAUGAGUGGGAACGGCUAAAGAUGGGAGAGGAGUUUGUGGUGCCCAAGAAUGACAUGGGAGAAUCUCUUGAGGGUCUGAAUGGCAGUAUUGGUUCAGGAGAAGGCUGUUACUCCCCUGAUGGUUUGGACCAAAGUACAGGGUCGUACGCCUUCGAUCCUGGCUCCCCCCUCCCUCCCCCCGCCCCGGACGACUUCCUGCCCCCUCCACCCCCAGACAUGGCGUAUCAUGACGGACAAUAUGGAGCAUCAACCCAAAAGCGCACCAGCGUUCUUAGCCCCACACACCCCCCUCCAGCCCCUCCCAUGCCCUCUACUGCUCCCAUUGGCACACGGCCCAACCUGGCCCCUCCUCCUGCCCCACCUCCUCCUCCCCCCUCCCCUGGCUUCGGAAUCCCUCCCCCUCCCCCCUCUGGAUUUGACUUUUCCACUCCCACUCCCCCCACUUCCUCCGCCUAUCCCUCCCCCCCUGCCCCACCUCCUCCUUCCUAUCAGGCCUCCAUCUCUCCGCCUCCUCCCCCCUCUCUCCCCCAGGGUGGUGGCGCACCUCCUCCUCCUCCUCCCCCGCCUCCCCCAGGCCCUCCUCCCCCUACUUCUGGCCCUCCUCCCCCCUCCUUCUCCAUUGGGGCUCCCCCUCCUCUUAAAUCCACCCAAGCUCAGCCAGAAGCCCCCGCUGACGCUCACAGUGACCUCCUGUCGGCUAUCCGGCAAGGUUUUAACCUACGUAAGGUGGAGGAACAGAAAGAGCAGGAGAAAAAGGAUAACUACGGCAACGAUGUGGCGGCCAUCUUGUCUCGCCGUAUUGCUGUGGAGUGCAGCGACAGCGAGGACGACUCCUCAGAGUUGGGAGAUGACGAUUGGUCCGAGUGAGACCUUCAUCACCGCCACCCUCAUGGUCUUCCUCGGUCCUACUCAGAGAGAAUACAUCAUAUCCUUAUCCCAUUACUUCUUUAUAACCUAUGAUCUAAGGAAUAGAGGUCCAAAGAUAAGUGUGUGUCUGUGUAUCACUACUACACUCUUCCUCAGUGUUCCCCACUCCUGUCUAUGCCAAUCACAUUCCCUGUAUGUUUUAUGUAUAACUGAACUGAGAAGCCAAUGAUUUAAUUAUGAGAACAGUCCAAAUAUCAAAAAGCCAAUUAUUAAUAUAAGGGGCACAGGGCCAAAGGUAAUGAUAAUUAUAUCCUCAUAGGCUACACACAGAUAUCAACAAACAUACAGUAUACCGUACAGAUAUUGAUCCUUACAUGCAUACACAGAUAGUACAAUUAUGGUAUAAUUGAUGAACUGUAUUAAUAUUUUACUUUAAUUAUAAGAUGUGUUAAAUAAUACCAAGAGCACAAAGAAAGGUUUUUAUUGCUGUUUUCUCGUUUUUCUUUUUUUACCUGUCUUUCUCUCUCUGUGGUUGGCAUGGGAAUGGUUACCUGGGCGACAGAGGGUCUCAUUCACAGAUGGGGGGAGGGGUUCUGAACCGUAUCUAAAAUAUCUGUAAUGUUCUGAGUCAGCCCUAGCUGAAUACUAAAACCAUGCUGCCCCCUAUCAGUCAAAACAUUAUCUGACCAAUCAGGGAUCCCUCUCUUGCCCUAGUCCCGCCCCUCCAUAAGUGCCUUUGCUUUUCAUGUUUAUGUGCGAGGAGGAUAAAGUUAACCUUAGACACUGAUCUAAGGUCAGGUUUCUGUUUCCUUCCCAUCAUAACCAUAGGAUUGGAUGAAAGGUACCUGAUCCUAGAUCUGUGCCUAAGAGACAACUUGAUCCUCUUCUGUUUAAGUGCCUUCUGUUUGUUUUAAAGCCAAAGUGUAAUGCCACAAUCAGAUCUGAGCAUUUUAAUAUCCAACCACCUGUUUCUGCUUGUCCUGUCUGUCUCAACUUUAUCAGUGACGAUUAUUACAAUAAUAAAGAUACAAUGAACUAUA